UGUGUUUAUCAACGUGUGACAAGUCGACAAGUCAUGAAGCAAUUUUUCAAGGUUGACUAUAUGUUCAUUUUGUGCAAGCUCGUCGCCUUUUCCUUUCGCUCUGUUUGGACUUUAAAAGAAAUCUACCGUUAUUUAAUCGACUGUAAGGACUAUUGGAAAGUGGCUUAUAAUUUCCCCUUAAGCUGGACACUUGGCUCUAAUAAUGCUUCAACUGAGUCCUGUUCACACCUUGAACACCUUCUUCCGACUUGGCAUUAAUUGUGUGGUUCAAGCUAUUAACAAAGUUCAUGUGUUUGGAGAGAAAUUCAUCAGUGAGGUAGCCCUUGUGGCAACAACAAAAUGGAAGCUGAUCUUGUUCAUUUUCACAACAAUGUAUGUUUUCUUCAAACUGCUACAAAAGACAUGUGAGGAGAUCAAGACUGCUGAAGAAGCAAUCCUUAUCACAAAAUUAUUUCAAAUGAUCAAGAACACACAUAAGCCUGGAGUUGCUACAGAUGUUAUAUCACUCAUAGAAAAGCACAAGAUUGAUGUGAACAGGAAACACCCUAAAUCAGAAUGUGGCCUAACUUUGUUUCUGUGUGCCUGUUUGAGUGGGGACAGUUGCCUUAUUUUAUACAUGUUGAAUAAAGGAGCCGAUAUAAAUUCAAAUACUUCAUGUAAGGACAGUCCUCUUCAUCUUGCAAGCUUUUGCUGUGGCACACAAAAGGUCACAAAUGGUCUUGGAGUUAUAACCUCCUUGUGUGAAGCAGGGUGUAACAUUAAUUCUCGGAACUGGGUUGGUAAUACUCCUCUGACUAUCGCUGCAUCCUCCGGCAAUUGUAACCUCGUGCGACACCUGAUAUCUUUAGGUGCAGAUAAGAAUCUUUGUAGCAACGACGGAAUCUACCCCAUGGACUUUGCAAUAAAUAAUGGUCAUCUUGAUGCGGCAAAUUUGCUGGCUAUUGCCGUUCCAAAUCCUCAUGUCUGGGACAUCGUCGAACCCCAUACUCCCCCUCGAGUCAAGCUUGGUCUUCAGAGUCCUUGCAAGCAACAUCUGAUGAAUUCUUCGUUUCGAAAGAGUUGCAUGGACUUCACUAGGAAGGGAAAAAAUACUGCACUGAGCAUUAUAAGUUGUUAAAAGUUUAGUGAGAGGUUAACCAACAUUGCUGCAUCGUUCUUACACUAAUCUCAGCGUGGAAACAUAAGCCACAAAGCUUGCAAAAAUAGUCACGUUUUUCGGCAAUUUGUUUCUUUAUCUCAUCUUGAAGAUGGAUUAAUACUUUUUACUGGAAUGUGUUCGAUACUUGAUAGCUCGUAAUGUUUUUAAGUCAUUGUAAUGGUAAUUUUAGCAAAUUUUGCAGUGAAUUUUGUAGUUGGGCGUGUUUUCCUUCCGUUUUGGCACAACCACUUGAAGAGAUUUUCUUCCAAGAUGCUCAACGUCAGUCAGGCGAGGAAAAAACCGUAUUCGCUCUUUCGAAAUACUUUUUACGGCGCAGACUGUCCUUUCCUUUUUUUUGUUUUCUUGUUAGCCCCAAAAAAGGGAUAGGCAUGUGCUCGAAAUCCUAACCGAAUCAAUAUAGGCUCCUCUCUGGUCAACGCCUAGCACUAUGAUGCACGAUCCUCGCAGUAGAGAGCUCCAUUUAUGCAAUAGCGAAAAUCAGACCUGAAAAAAGUCAGGCCU